GGUAGGUAGGGGGCGGUAUGGGCCCUGCAGGUCUCAUGGUGCUGCAGAAGAAGACUCAGCGCUCAGUACAGCUGAGCUCCCUCCUCCUCCCUCAUUCGACCUGCAGCCCGUUCAGCAUUCACUUGUCCCUGCUACUGAAAGGAUGUCGGACGAAGGUAAAUUGUUCAUCGGAGGACUGAGCUUCGAGACCAACGAGGACUCUCUGGCCGCGGCUUUCGACAAAUAUGGAACCAUCGAAAAAGUGGAUGUGAUCAGAGACAAAGAGACAGGGAAGUCUCGCGGUUUCGGCUUCGUGAAAUACGAUAAUUCAGAGGAUUCUAAAGAUGCACUUGACGGCAUGAACGGCAAGACUCUGGAUGGACGGUGUAUUCGCGUGGAUGAAGCCGGAAAGGGUGGCCGCACCAGAGGAGGAGGUUACAAUUCUGGCCAGAGAGGACAGCGAGGUGGAUUCAGCGGGCGUGGGAGAGGUGGACGAGGAGGUGGAUACAAUGGAGACAGGGGCUAUGGUGACAGGAGCUACAACGAAAGAAGCUUUAGUGGAGAGGGGCGAUUUGGAGGAGGUGGUGGCGGUGGCCAGUACAGCAGGAGCAGCGGUGGCGGAUACUCAAGCUACAGAGACAAUAGGGGUCAGGGGUCAUACGGUGAACGCUCCUACCGCGAUGGAUACGACAGCUAUGCUGCAAACGAGUAAACAUCCUGAUUCAAGAUCAUCACUUGGCUGGCUGUAUGUCAAAGAUGCGCUCCUCAAGAAAAAUGUCCAUGUGUUAUUGCUGACCUUAGUUUUGUAGUUCUGUUGUGGUAGCUCAAGCAUCUUAAAAAUAUUGUAGCCUUGAGUUUUGGUCAUUCCUUAAUGAACCAUGUUACAAAUUACAGUUAAAAACUCUUACCUUGUUUAAUUGGACAUAUUUUUCCUCAAAGGUCCUUUUGUUAACUAAAAGGCAUCUGUGUAAUCUGAUUUUAAUUCUGUAAAGUCCCUAUGAGAGGACCGAACACAGAUUUAGCUUAACAGCCACAACCAUCGCUAUAGACUUUUUGUCCAGCACGUAAAGUGUUCCUUUUAGUAUUUUAUAUUGAAAUAUAUACGUUGGGGCUUUUUUUCCCCUUAACUUAUUUUCCCUCUCAGUCUCUGUGGCUGACUUCCUCUUGGCAGAUUUUUAAACUGAGAACGGAGAUCCAUUUGCUCUUAAACUGACUUUUGGGGGAUUUUGGCUAAAUUCCUUGCACUAUUUAACUUCAUCUAGCUGAGGCUCCUGUAUGUUCAAUUUCCCAAAAGAGUGAAUUCCUUUCAGACUGGUGAACUGCACAUCCGAAGUGACCGGCUGUUCAUGAAAUUGCAAAUUGCAGCAUGCUACAGUCUGUCCAAGGUAUCUUCUGUGCUCUGCUCAACAUCUGCAUUUUAAAUGUGCUGUCAAAUGGACUAAUCUUGUUUAAAUGAUUGGAAAAUGUAACUUAGUUUCCCCAAAGUAAUAUCUCUACCGGGAACAGUUUUGUACUUUAUGUUCUUUGUAUGAUCAACAAUUUUCUUUCUUUGUCAGUUUGGCUUCAUGGAGCCUAUUAAACAGACUGUGGAAAAUAACCUUGAUUCUUUUGCCUUUCAAAACUACCGCAUGGGGGAGUUUAGCCGAUAGCUGUAGGCUUGCGUAAGUAAGCUUACGAGAAGUCAACAGCUUGAAGCACUGAAAUUGCACAUUUUGAUUUGGAGGGCAAUCUUUAAUUGGCAGUUUAUUCUAAAUUUCUAAGAAAGAAAUGGUAAUUUGAAUCUUUUAAAAGUCCACUUCCAGUCCACAAGCUGCCUGCCUGAUCCAAGAUUUCAAAAUGUAAAGAUGGUUUUUGGCUCAGUGCAUCCUUAAAUGUCUAGAAACCAUCAACUUGGCAACUUGAUCGUUUGAAAUCAAACUUCUAGUGAUGUUUGAAGAAUAAUCUCCUAAAGUGGCACAUGUAACGCAGGGAAUCAUCAUCAGUCUGGUCAUGUUAAUGCUUCAUUACGUUCAAGAGGUCAGCUACUUCAAAAACCUACAAGUCCUUGGAGAGUGUUGCGCCUUCCAACAAGUGCUCAUCAGAGAUGAAUGCUGCUCUCUGGUCAGGUCAAAUGUGGAGAAAGUAGGCCAAUGCACGUGAGGUAAAAAAAUCUCCUUUUGCUUUGCUCACAUCCUUCAAACUCAGUUCUCAUUGUUUCCAUGAAUUCCUUCAAGUUAGUCAUACGUUUCUAGUCCUUUGCUUCAGAUGUCGCCCACAACAUGCCAUGGCCUCUACCCCGAUUGGAAAAGUUAAUUGAGAGAAUGUUUCUAAGAAGCUCCUAUGGAUUGUAGUGGUCCACCUCCUGAGUCCACCAAAAGAAAAGCUUUGGCCUCUAAGUCAUGGGUAGUAUUGUGCUCAGUCUGUUCACUGCACUAGUCCUCACAUUUGCUCAUGUAAUGCCCCACAACAGUCCCAAUUGACGUCUAGACUGUUCAGUUUCUCUUUGCACCCUUGUAUUUGAAUAAGUGGUGAGUUUCAGAGACUAAUAGGGUUGCAUGCAUUUUAUUGUGUCAAAAGUUAAUUGCUGUGCUUAAUACUCCUUUUACUCUUUUUCUUUAGAAUGAACUGGCUGGCAGAAGCUUCAGUGAAUCUCCUCACAGGUGACAUAUCAGGCUGUAGAUGGCCGUGACUGAUGCAGUUCCCGUUAACAGGUCAAAUGUGCCGCAGUUAUGGUGCAGCUGUAAGCAGUGGCUACAUGGGAGGAACCGACCAAGAUCAGGCUGAUUCCAAGUUGGAGGCCUUGGUUGAUGCUAGUUUGCCUGAAAGACUUCCAAAUGUAAUGGCAGCUAAUGAAAGGUCCUAGAGAACGAAUGGACCAGAUGACGGAGCUUGUCCUGACACAAGAAGCAGUUACUUUCAAGCAAUGUCGUACAGUCAUAUUUGUUCAAUCAAAAACACAAGUUUUCUGGUUGUUUUGUACUUUCAAUAAUAAAUUGAUGGAUCAAACUU